AUGUCUGUUUCGGAUCCGUCGCCAGAGUCAUUUAGUGAACAAAGCAAUGGAAAUGAAGAUAUCGAGGAGGGAUUAAAUACUGAAUUUUCAACACCUUUACAAGUUGGACAACCUGAAACUUCACCAAAUAUAUCACCUAAGGCUACAGUGGCAUUCUCUAUACUUUGUGAUCUAUUAGAUGAAUGUACAUUAGACGUAAUAUUUGAAGCGCAUCGAGAAGCAAAAUUGUCAUCAUCCAUUUGCCAAAUAUGCAAUACUGAGUGUCGCUCUUUUGUGGUUCAACCGGGGAUGGAUAUUUUUGGCAAUCAUCCUCAACUGAAUAACCCUCCAACUUUUGAAUGUGUAAACUGCCAACGUCCUUAUCCAUCAAAAAGAUAUGCACCACAUCUUGAAAAAUGUAUGGGUCUGGCGGGUAGAAGUUCAAGUCGGGUUGCAAAUCUAAGGUUAAGCAGCGAAGGGAAUCCUUCGUCACCGUACACUCCCGUUUACUCUGAAGACAACGCAAAUCAAAGUGAUUCUGAUGAUGAUUUAUAUGUCGAAAAAAAACGUAAGCAAGAAAUCAAAUGGGAAAUCGAGGGCAUCAUCGCCGGCCAAAUUUUCCAAGCUAAGAAGACAAAAGUCGUCUUGCAAUGUCGGACACGGUUGAAGCUCCGAACUUUGUCUCAUCGAUUGUGGCAAAG